CCUCGGCCCCGGUCUGAUGCCCAUCCCGCCCUGCCAUGAGUCUAUGAGCCCCCUCCGGAUCAGCGUGGGUGGUCUGCCUGUCCUCGCGUCCAUGACCAAGGGUACCGACCCCCGCUUCCGACUGCGCUGGAAGGCCAUCGUGCUGUCAUCAGCUUGCGUGGGGUUUGUGCUGCUGCUCUUCUGCCUGCACCGGUCCUCCCCGGCACGGCACGGCCCACCCAAUCCUCGCAAUUGGCAGCUCAGCCUGCAGGCAGGGGACCGCUACAAUGACACCUACCCGCUGUCCCCACCCCAGAGAAACCCCGAGGGCGUGCGCUACCGCAUCGGGGUCAUUGCGGACCUGGACACGCAGUCCCGGGGCUCUGAGGAGCACACCUGGUUCAGUUACCUGAAGAAAGGCUACCUAGUGCUGUCGGACAGCGGGGACAGCGUGACGGUGGAGUGGGACAAAGACGAGAGCGUGCUGCGGUCCCACCUGGCUGAGAAGGGCAGGGGCAUGGAGCUCUCCGAGCUGGUCGUCUUCAACGGGAAGCUGUAUGCCGUGGACGACCGGACAGGAGUGGUCUAUCAGAUUGAGGGCAACAAGGUGGUGCCCUGGGUGAUCCUCCCGGACGGGGACGGCACAGUGGGCAAAG